AUGCCAACGAGCGCGCUGAAGCGCCCGUCCUCCGGCGGCGGCCGCCUGCGCCGCCUCCUGGCGUCCCUGCUCCCGCCGGCCCGCGCGGGGCCGCUCCCAGUGCAGACCGGCUUCCCGACCUCUCUCGCCGACAUCGUCGUCAAGAACCACGGCCGCCUCAGGAACCCCAGACGGCGGCACCGCGCCCCCGGCGCCGACCCGCCGCCCACCGCUGCCACGGAGCCGGUGCUCGUUGUGCCCCAGCAAAGGCGUGAGCUUUCGGUGGAUCACGACGUGGCGACGGCAGUGGCAGCGGCAGGAGCACCGGUGCCGGCACGCCCCGUCAAAGGCACGGCCUUCAGCAUCCGGUCGGGGCUCGUCGCGGCCGGCGACGCCGUGGCGCUUGCGCUGCUGGUGAUCUGGAGCAAGCAGCUGGUGGCCGUGGCCACGCUCGCGUUGGUGGCGCUAUCGUGGAUCGAGUCCAUCAGGAGCGCUCGUCCUCGGCGGUCGAAGAUGAAGGAAGAGGUGGAUUCGCGCUGCGGGCGCGGGCGCGGAUCCGUCUCGCCGAUCCGCGAGGCGGCGGAGUCGCCCAGGCUGAGCUGCGGCGAGUGCGAGUCCGACAACGGAGGCAGCGACGCCGCCUCGCUCUGCUCUCCCGACGCCGGUAGCGGUGACCUCGGCUGCGACGACACGUCGUCGUCUCUGAAUAAUCCGAAAGAGAGCAGGAGGUCGCUACAGAAGCUAAAGCUACUCGCCAACAAGUUGCGGAACGGUAAGACGCCCCGGGGCAGGGACUCCCGUCACGGCGGCGAGGCAGGCGAGCAUGAGCACCCGGAGACGCCGAGGAGACUCAACGCGGAGCCCGCAGCAGCAGCUGUUGCUCCGGCCGAGGAGACGCCUGCGCCGCCACUGGAGGCGAUCACCGUCAACGACGAGGAUCGCUGCCACCGCCGACGCGGGGGCGCAUUGCCGUUGCCCGCGUUGGUGCCGAUCAUCCUCGCCGGCCUCGUCGCCGGGAAGCUCCCGGCGCUGGCGCUGGCCGUGCUCUGCGCGGCGUUCUCCAGCUCAGUCGAGAGAGUUCCAGCAGGGCAGGCCAGCAGGUAG